GCCACUUGUGCUUACUCAAACGUCAAACGCAAUGUGAAAUAUUUCGUAUGAGAACUCAGAGAAACAAGCUUCUUUAAUGUAAUGAAAUUCAUUUUCAGACAUUGAGUGCUGUGAGAAAUUAUAAACAAAGACAAGUGAGAGACUUUGUGAUAACAAGGCAACACAAAUGAUGAAGAUGUCAGUUUAUCGUGCUCUGCGGUCUCAAGGCUUGAGGCUCUAUGCAGCAAAAUCAUGGCUACGAACUUCACCAGUCCUUAUGGCAACUGAACAUGCUGACCAUAGGACUAUGAGCACAGUGGUUGCCCAGAGGCAGGAAAUACAAGAAGAGGAACAUGUGAGUUACGUGAACCAGAUGUUACAGAGAAUUGGCUUUAAGGGUGGCAUGAGGUACUACCCCGAGAUUAUCCAGCUAGCUGGUUACAGACUUUACCUGUCGGUGGCAGAGGCAGUCAUGUACAACAAUAUCUGGAAAGAUGUGAACAUGCCAGACUCCUUCCAGACCUGGCACAAGAUGACCAGUUUACAUCUCUGGAUGGUAUGUACUCGUCUACGGCUUGAAGGUCAGGAGGGGAAGUUGGCCCGAUUUUGGAUGGUGAAAGGGUUGUUGGACGAUGUCAAGACAAAAACAGACGCUGUUGCAAAAGAGGUUAACCUGAAGGUGCAGAAAGACGAUCUGGAGAUCCUCCACGAACAGUUCCUCACCGGCUGUAUGAACUACGAUGAGGGUAUCCUUGGUGAUGACCGUCACCUGGCGGCUGCAAUAUGGAGGGCUCUUUACCACCACCAACCUGACAUAGACCCCGUACAUCUGGAGAUUAUGGUCCACUAUAUACGGAAACAGGUGCGCGGCCUCCAGCUCAUACCUAGUCAAGACCUACUGGUGAAAGGGCUAAUACCAUUCUACCCUCUCAAGGGAACCAAGAUACCUCCAGAGACAUACCGGAUACUGGAGGAGGCGGGGAAGAAGGAACUCCUGUUCAAGGGACUCUGACUGGGUCUUGUGGGAAAUCAUACAAAACAUUGCAAGUGUAACAAGAGUUCUUGUGAGAAUCAAACCAUCAUUGUUACACUACUCUGGAAAUGGGAUACAAGAAGUGGCAGAAACAGUAAAGAACUGCUGUCCAGGUGAAACUGACACGACAGGGAUCUGUUGGAAAGUUUGGUGUCAUGACAACAAUAGAUCAUAUGAGCAUAUCAGCAUACAUUAAAUAGAAUGAAUGGAUUUAUGAAAGAUGUGUCUAUAAGGCGGUAUAAUGUAAACAACAACAACGUUAUCAGCGGGGUCAAAGCCGGUGGAAAGUAAAACCACAGGUCAUAUCCUGAGCAGUUUUACCAAAGUAGCUGGUGGAGUUUUUUGCAAAUUCACUUUGGAAUCUUUGAUUAAAAGACUUACUUGCGAUGCCUGAGCUAUUGUUCUAGUAUGGAUAAAAGCAUGCAUGGAUAAAUUUAUCAAUGAAAUGUUAUUAUCCUCAUUUAAACUUAAGUUUUCAAACUUCUGUUGUUUAUUUCCCUGCAAUUAACAUGCUUUUUGUAGGGCAGUUAUAGUUUCCUGGUAAGAAAAAACUUGCAGACUGAUACAUUUUUGUUAUAGGUUUUGUGUUUUGUUUAUUAAUUUAUUAAAAAUGCAUGUUUUCACAUUGCACAAAAUCUGUUUCCUUAUGAUGACUAGUAUUUUUGUGUUACAAUGAAAUGUAAAUAUCUACAGUAUUUUGUUUUAUUUUUCAUUUUAACUGUAUAUAAAUGCCUGUUAUUAUUGAAAACAGUCAGUACUUGAUGCUUUGAAAGGGUUA